AUGGCUUCCUUAAAAUUCGUUAUCACAUUUUCCUUAAUAAUGAUGAUACUGGAAUAUGAUGAUGUUGGAGCUCGUCCUCCUCCAUGUCCAUCUUCAGUUAUGCUAACGGUAGAACAAGAAGAAAAUUAUAAAAAAAUGCCUAUUACUAUUAAUAAAGAUGAGUGUGAGGAAACUCCUGCUUCUGAAGAAAAGUGUACUGAGGAAGUUACUGAAAAGGAAAUUGAGGAAUGUAUUACAGAGGAGGAAGUUGAAGAGGAGGAAUGUACUGAGAAAGUUACUGAGAAGGAAAUUGAGGAAUGCACUACAGAGGAGGAAGAAUGCACUACAGAGGAGGAAGUUGAAAAAUGUAAACCUGAGGAGGAAGAUGAGGAAGAUAAAACUGAGGAGAAAGAUAAGGAAUGUAAAUCCGAGGAAGAAACUGAGCCUGCUUGUGAAGAGAAAAAUGAGAAAGCAUCAGGAUAUUCUGAUAAUUUCAUGCUUGAUGAACAUGAUAAAAAAUCUCCGAAAGAAUGCAAGUCCACUCCCGAUUGCAAGGACGACGAUGGAGACGAUUCAGAUCAUGGAGAAAACAAAGACAACGGAAAUGACGAAUCUAGUAUUCCCGAGAACAAGUCCCUUUCUUUCGGCAAUGGAGGCAAUGGAGGUAACGGAGGCAACGAAAGCAAUGGAGGUAGCGAAGGCAAUGGAAGCAGCGAAUCUAUUAUUCCCGGCAACGGGUCCACCAAACAAACUCUUCCAACUUUACCACCUUUAGAGAGCACUACUCCCCAGACCGGGUCCACUCCUUCCGGUAAUGGAGACGACGGAAAUGAUGGCAAUGGAGGCAACAAAUCUAUUACUCUCAGCAACGGGUCCACCAAACAAACUCUUUUAACUUUACCACCUUUAGGGAGCACUACUCCCCAGACCGGGUCCACUCCUUCCGGCAAUGGAGACGAUGGAGGCAACGGACGCGACAAAUCUACUACUCCCGGCAACGGGUCCACCAAACAAACUCUUCCAACUUUACCACCUUUAGGGAGCACUACUCCCCAGACCGGGUCCACUCCUUCCGGCAAUGGAGACGAUGGAAACGAUGGAGGCAAUGGAGGCAACAAAUCUACUACUCUCAGCAACGGGUCCACCAAACAAACUCUUCCAACUUUACCACCUUUAGGGGGCACUACUCCCCAGACCAAAUCUACUACUCCCGGCAACGGGUCCACCAAACAAACUCUUCCAACUUUACCACCUUUAGGGAGCACUACUCCCCAGACCGGGUCCACUCCUUCCGGCAAUGGAGACGAUGGAAAUGAUGGAGGCAAUGGAGGCAACAAAUCUACUACUCCAAGCAACGGGUCCAAACAAACUCUUUCAACUUUACCACCCAUACCUUUAUCCACAGAAGUUAUCUUCAAGCGAACGUGA